CCUCUAUACCAGCUGCGGUUGCUAGUUGGGAAAAAUUGAUGAUGCUCCAAGGCCCGGCAUCGGUACGGACGAUCACGAUUGCACAGCACCGCUAGCAUCAUGUUCCCAUCAGAUAUUCAAGAGCUUGCGAACAUAAUCGCAUACAACACUGCCAUCUACAAACAUCAUUUAGCCUCGAACAACCUGCCAGCACCUUCUCACCAUGAACUGCCGCCCGAUAAACCCAUUACGCUACCGGAAGACAUUGAGAAUGCACGACAAUCAGCGCUCGAAGCGGCUCAUGAGCUUCAAAGCCUCCUCAACGGGUCAAUAGGCCAUAUCAUGGAUGCAGCUACACGAAGUACACGGAUCAUGACGCUUCAUUUCAUCCACACAUACAAAGUCGGGUACAAUCUUGGCUGGGGCGAGAAAACCACUUUCGGAGAGAUCGCGAAGCAGUCGAACCUCGAUGAAGAUGAUACGAAGCGGAUGGUUCGGCUGGCCAUAACUGAGCACUUCUUCACCGAGCCAGAGAACGGGGUGGUGAUGCACACGGCAGCCUCAUAUGAGCUCGCGCGCAAUCGAUUGCUCUCCGCGUGGGUCGGGCUGACAACGCAAGAGAACUGGCCGCCGAUGUUAAAGAUCACAGAAGCCCUCGGAAGGUAUCCCGGCUCCGAGGAACCACUUCAAUCGGCGUACGCUAUGGCGCACAACAUUUCGGAGGACGCAUUCAAGAUCUGGGAGAAGGAUCCGGCACGUAUCGCACAGUUUUCAGAUGCCAUGGCCUUCCUUCACUCCGAUUCCGGCUUCCAGCCGUUAGAAGUCCUGGUCGGAUGCGACGUCAGUCACGUUCCCUCGCCCGCGUUCGUCGAUGUCGGCGGUUCAAAGGGUCACGUCAGUAUUCAGAUUGCGCGGCAACACCCAGAGUGGAGAUUCAUCGUCCAAGACUCACCGCAGACUAUCGCUCAUGCGCCGGCAGAAGUUCCGGUAGAUGUUGAAGACAAGGUGUCAUUCCAAGCUCACGACUUUUGGACGGAGCAGCCAGUUAAAGGUGCAGAUGUGUACUUUUUCAAGACGAUAUUCCACGACUGGAGUGAUAAGUAUGCAGUCAAGAUACUGCGGGCUUUGAUCCCUGCGUUGAAACCUGGAGCAAGGGUCAUAAUUGCCGAUGUGUGCAUUCCUCCCAUAGGCGCGGUCAGUUUGUAUAAGGAGCAUUGGAUCCGAGGGCUCGAUAUUGUAAUGAAGUGCUUUACUAAUGCCAGGGAGCGAGAAUACGAUGAUUGGGCUGCGCUUUUCUUGAAGACGGAUUCUCGAUUUAGAUUCCUAGGAGCUAGAACGCCGGCGGGGAGUAAGGCUUCAUUCAUUGAAGCGGAAUGGUAUCCAGCGCCGGGCGAAUGUCCUGGCGAUGUUACCAUGAAUUACUCCGUGGUCCGGGAAAAUGGCACAGCAAGUCACGAGUGUGUUGGAGUAGAAACGGACUGAGAUGUGUUCUAACGAAAGGAGCUACCUAGGUGCGCCCGAAUUAAGACUGAAUUAUAC